AUGGGUGGAACAGAGAGCUCUGGACUUGUCGUGGCCCUUAAAACCGGCGCUGUGCGAGGACAUUACAGGGCAGUAAAAGGUGCCGUGCAGCAGGUGGAAGAGUAUUUAGGCAUCCCGUUUGCUCACCCACCUUUGGGGCCUUUGCGGUUUGCUGCCCCCCAGCCAGGUGAGCCCUGGGAAGGAGUGAGGGAUGCCACCAAAAUGCCUAAAAUGUGCCUACAGGAUACAGCACCUGUGGAGGAAGUCUGGAAAACGUUCCCUGUUAAGUAUCCGUCAGUGGAAAUGUCUGAGGAUUGUCUUUACCUUAAUGUGUACAGACCCACUGGGACUGCCUCUGGAGACAAACUACCGGUGAUGGUGUGGAUCCAUGGGGGGGGCCUGGCUUCAGGAGGGGCCUUCCAGUACGAUGGUUCACCGCUGGCAGCUUAUCAGAAUGUGGUUGUGGUCGUUGUUCAGUAUCGUCUUAGUAUUUCUAAGGUAAAAACCAGACUGAAAUUCAUUUGAUGUUUUAGCACUGGAGAUGAACAUGCACCUGGAAACUGGGGCUUCCUGGAUCAAAUAGCCGGCCUCCAGUGGGUUCGUGACAUUAUAGCAGCCUUUAAUGGAGACCCAAAUUCAGUCACCAUCUUUGGACAAUCUGCAGGUGGCAUCAGUGUCUCUAUGUUAGUUCUGUCUCCUUUGUCUGAGGGUUUGUUCCACAAAGCUAUCGCUAUGAGUGGAGUGGCACCACUGGAAGCCCACUACACCGGCAACCCACUGCCUAUGGCCCAGGUCAUUGCCAAUUUGACUGACGGUGAGAGCAACAGCAAUGAGAAACUUGUCCAGUGCAUCAUCAAAGGCAGGUCUGAGGAAGAAAUACGGGCCGCUAUUAAAACGUUUAAGGCCUUUUUGGGUCCAGCUAUUGAUGGUGUGUUCCUGAAAGGCCCACCUGAGGACGUUUUAAAGAGCCAAGAAUUCCAGAAAGUUCCUAUGCUGAUAGGAGUGACCAAUCAUGAGUUCGGGUGGAUGAUCCUGCAGCUGUUAGGACCUCCUGGAUGGGAUCAAGGUAUGAAAAGGGAAGAUGUGAUAUCAGUGAUGGACAUAUUCCUUCCCUCUCAUGCCUCAGGUGCAAAGGAACUGAUACUGAAUGAAUACCUGCAACAGAAUGACUCUCCGGAGAACAUACGGGAUGCUUUCACUGAGAUACUGGGAGACUUGGUCCUUGUUCUUCCCAUACUUAAAGUGUCUGCAUACCACCGAGAUGCAGGUGUGCCUGUGUAUGUCUACGAGUUUCAGCAUUCACCUCUGAUGCACAAAGGAACGAGACCCGCUUUUGUCAAAGCGGACCACUAUGAUGAUGCUUUGUUUUUUCUUGGAUCCCCCUUUUGUACCGGGCACACCGUAGUUACAGAACCUGUGUCACGAGAAGAGGAGUGGCUGAGCAAGCUCGUCAUGGCUUACUUAGCGAACUUUGCACACAAUGGGUCGCCUAACAGGCACGGGCUGGUGGAAUGGCCUCGUUACGACCAAAACGAAAGCUACCUGAAGCUGAACCUGCAGCAGACGGUUGUCCGAGGGCUGAAACAGAACAGGGCUCACUUCCUGGAUGUGGUCCUGCCCGAUAAACUAGCAAAGUCGCGCCCUGCUAAUAAUGAACUCUGA